GCACAGAGGUUGUUUCUGUUCAGAGGAAGUGAAACUGUCUGACAGUCACUGAGAGACGGUGAAACGGCACAGCACAUGAAUCAAAUGGACCAAACAAAAUUCUGCUGUUCAGUCUGUUUGGAUCUACUGAAGGAUCCGGUGACUAUUCCCUGUGGACACAGCUACUGCAUGAACUGUAUUAAAAGCUUCUGGGAUGAAGAGGAAGACAAGAAAAUCUACAGUUGCCCUCAGUGCAGACAGACUUUCACACCGAGGCCUGUCCUGGUGAAAAGCACCAUGUUAGCAGAUUUAGUGGAGGAGCUGAAGAAGACUGGACUCCAAGCUGCUCCUGCUGAUCACUGCUAUGCUGGACCUGAAGAUGUGGCCUGUGAUGUCUGCACUGGGAGAAAAAUGAAAGCCUUCAAGUCCUGUCUGGUGUGUUUGGUCUCUUGCUGUGAGAAACAUGCUAAGUUUCAUUAUGAAUGUCCUGCAUUUGACAAACACAAGCUGGUGGAGCCCUCCAAGAAGCUCCAGGAGAACAUCUGCUUUCGUCAUGAUGAGGUGAAGAAGAUGUUCUGCCGUACUGAUCAGCAGAGUAUCUGUUAUCUCUGCUCUGUGGAUGAACAUAAAGGCCACGACACAGUCUCAGCUGCAGCAGAAAGGACUGAGAGGCAGAGAGAGCUGGAGGUGAGUCGACAAAACAUCCAGCAGAGAAUCCAGGACAGAGAGAAAGAUGUGAAGCUGCUUCAACAGGAGGCGGAGGCCAUCAAUCAGUCUGCUGAUCAAACAGUGGAGCACAGUGAGAAGAUCUUCACUGAGCUGAUCCAUCUCAUCCAGAAAAGAAGCUCUGAUGUGAAGCAGCAGAUCAGAUCCCAGCAGGAAACUGAAGUGAGUCGAGUCAAAGAGCUUGAGGAGAAGCUGGAGCAGGAGAUCACUGAGCUGAAGAGGAAAGAUGCUGAGCUGAAGCAGCUCUCACACACAGAGGAUCACAUCCAGUUUCUACACAACUACCCCUCACUGUCAGCACUCAGUGAGUCUACAGACUCAUCCAGCAUCAAUAUCCGUCCUCUGAGCUACUUUGAGGAUGUGACAGCAGCUGUGUCAGAGGUCAGAGAUAAA